CAUUAAUGCCCAGUUCCCCAACCCUCUCUCCGUCUCUCACAACUUGCAGAAAAAAAAGAAGAGAAAAAGAAAAAUGGAGAAUAAGAAGGAAUAGUCAACCCCUUGUCCUUCGCGAAGGUCCAUAAUAGGACACAGUACCCGUGAACCCCCAACAUGAUGCUAACCAAAAUCUGUAUUCUAAAAAGCCUGUUGUUGGAGCAAUUCUAGUUGUUCUUUAUUUGUUUUUUUGGUGAGGUUUACUAGUCAAAAGUAUUCAAUUUGGGGAGGUUGUUUUCUUGGGUGACAGCUAACUUUCCAGAGAAAAGUCUCGCUUUCACACUUGGGGUCUGCUCUGUUUUCACGGAUUUGGGUUGGCCUUGUUUAUCCAUUUUUCUUUUUUCAAGUCCUCUGUAUCUGGAUUUCUGGGAUUUUUGAUCUAUUUGGAGGAGGGGAGGAGGAGAGAGUGGGACGUGUGCUUCGAUGGGGGGUUGUUUGAGCUCUCAAAUUAAGGCUGAGAAUCUUCUCUACAUUGGGAUUAAAUCGAGAUGCGGCAGCAAAGAUGGAACAGAUUUAAGUGGUUCAAGUAGUAGCAAGGUCUCAUCUGCCUCGGUGCCUACGACGCCUAGAACUGAUGGUGAGAUCUUGCAGUCCUCCAAUUUGAAAAGCUUUUUCUUCAGCGAACUUAGAACUGCCACCAGGAACUUCCGCCCUGACAGUGUGUUGGGUGAAGGUGGUUUUGGCUGUGUCUUUAAGGGAUGGAUUGAUGAGAAGGCAUUUACAGCUGCCAAGCCCGGGACGGGCAUGGUCAUUGCUGUGAAGAAGCUUAACCAAGAAGGUUUCCAAGGCCAUAAGGAAUGGUUGGCAGAAAUUAAUUAUCUGGGGCAGCUGUAUCAUCCUAACCUUGUGAAAUUGAUCGGUUACUGCUUAGAGGAUGAUCAUCGGCUUCUGGUCUAUGAGUUCAUGCCCAAAGGCAGCUUGGAGCACCAUCUAUUCAGGAGGGGGUCUUACUUCCAACCGCUUUCUUGGUCCCUCCGAAUGAAGGUUGCCCUUGGAGCUGCCAAGGGUCUUGCGUUUCUUCAUAGUAAUAGUGUACAAGUGAUAUAUCGAGACUUCAAAACUUCUAAUAUCCUACUUGAUUCGAACUACAAUGCAAAGCUCUCUGAUUUUGGGCUAGCCAAAGAUGGGCCAACAGGCGAUAAAAGCCAUGUUUCCACACGGGUGAUGGGUACCUAUGGGUAUGCAGCCCCUGAAUAUUUGGCCACAGGUCAUCUGACUACCAGAAGCGAUGUAUAUAGUUUUGGGGUCGUCCUCCUUGAGAUGUUGUCAGGCAGGCGAGCAGUGGACAAGAACCGCCCGUCUGGAGAACACAACUUAGUCGAGUGGGCAAGGCCCUACCUGGCCAGCAAGCGCAAGAUUUUUAAUGUUUUGGACAGCCGGAUUCAGGCCCAGUUCUCUUUGAAUGGAGCAUAUGGAGCAGCUCGCGUUGCAAUCCAAUGCUUAUCAACAGAACCCAAGCACCGGCCAAAUAUGGAUCAGGUGGUAACAGCACUGGAGCAGCUUCAGGCUGACUCCAACAACACGACAGCCUCUCAAAACCGUCCCCGUCCUAAUUUCCAUAACAGCUCAAGCAAUGGCCCCAAACACAACAGAACUGCCUAUCCAAGACCAACUCGGUCCCCAGCACAUCAAACUUAAGAGAGAAAAAGGAUUUCUCACAUCCAGUCUCGUUUUCGCUAUCUCAAAAGAAGAAGAAAAGAUCACAUAUGCUGCUGCAGCAUAUGGUGAAGAAGAUUGUCUCAGGAACUUGGGAGUCGGGACAAGUAUACUGCAGCAAUGCUUGGUGAACUUAUUGUACAGUCCCUACUUUUGAAGAAGGUAUUCAAAAUUUUCUGUUUCUUUAACACAUCCAGAAUAUGCCUAGAGAAUGAGGCAGAUGAGGAGGUGAGAAUUGGGUCUCCUCAGCAUCUUUGUAACAGUUUGUGAGAGCUUGCAGAAGAGGGAGUCUUGUUGUUUUAAUAUAGCUAUAGAAAGCUUUGAUGGGGUGUUCCUGCAUUUGCUCAUACCAACCUCCUUUAUUGUAAUAAGUUGUGUUAAAAUUAUGAGCUUGUGCUAUAUUAAAUGUAUGAAUUUUUUUCUUCUUUGAAUUCAUCA